AGUUUCCGUUGUAUGCGCAUUUGAACGAUCUAGUACACAUUUGUCAUCUGCGUGCGGGAACCACUCCCGAUUGGUGUUACAGUGUUUCCGUAUUACUCGCCACUGAUUUGAAGAAAGAUACUAACAUGGCUGUUAAUGUUUAUGCAACAAAUGUUACAACUGAGAAUCUAAGUCGACAUGAUAUGUUGGCCUGGGUGAACGACUGUCUGCAAGCAUCAUUUACCAAGAUCGAAGAGUUAUGUACUGGUGCAGUUUAUUGUCAGUUCAUGGACAUGCUCUUCCCAGGUAGUGUACCUUUGAAGAGGGUCAAAUUCAAGACAAAUCUCGAACACGAAUACAUACAGAAUUUCAAAAUUCUGCAAGGUGGUUUCAAAAAGAUGAAUGUAGAUAAGAUUGUUCCAAUUGAUAGGCUGGUGAAAGGCAGAUUCCAAGACAACUUCGAGUUUUUGCAAUGGUUCAAGAAAUUCUUUGAUGCAAACUACUCCAGAACAGAGCCGUACGAUGCACUUGCUAUACGAGGAGGAGAGGCCAUGGGUAGUGGUGGAAGUAAUGCACCGCACGGCACUAAUGCAAAACGCACCACUCCACGUGAUGUAAAUUCGCCUAAAUCAGCUGCUCGUAUCGGUGAGGGAACUGCGCCUCCUGCACACGCAGCUAGUACCAAGUCUAUAAGCAAUAUUAAUAAAGUACCAACUCACCGUCCACCACCGAAAACCGGACCAGUUGGAAAUCGUGGUGAUACUGGAAAAGUUGAAGAACUCAGUGCUCAGCUAAUGGAGUUGAAAAUAUCGCUGGAAGGACUCGAGAAAGAAAGGGAUUUCUAUUUCGGUAAAUUGCGCGACAUAGAAGUUAUGUGUCAAGAUUGUGAUAAUGGAGAUCCCCCACCAAUAGUACAGAAAAUCUUAGAAGUCCUUUACGCCACAGAGGAAGGAUUCGCACCACCUGAAGAAUUAGAAGGGGAUGGACUUGCGCCCGACGACGAAGAAGAAUAUUAACUUCACUUUUUGUACAAUCAUUAUAAAAAGAUUAACAGCAAAUUGUCCAUGUGCGUUUCAGUUUCUUACGUUUGUGAGCCAGUAUCAGUACCCUUUGCAUAAUUAAUGGAGCUACAUUGUAUAGCUAUUUGAGCAUUUUUGCGCCUUCAUUUUGUUACGGAGUUAAUUUGGAGGUUCACACGUAAUUAAGAUAAAGGGAGAAAGAGAGAGAGAGAGAAUGUGAGAGAAAAGAAGAGAUACGUUGAGAAAUAAUGCACUCGAAUAACUUGUAAUCUACGGCAAGUAAUUAAGUAAGAAGAAGAAAACAGAAUUAGCAAUUUACAUAUUGUCAUAGUUCUUUAUCGUAUUACGGAUAACUGUAGAGCUUUGAACAUCGACAAGUCUCAAAGUGUACGAAAAUAAGAAGAAAAAAAAAGAAAUUAAUGGACACGGAUACUUAUUCGUGUCCGGUUUGUUAUACAGUGAUCUUACGUUAACUAUGUUCAUUAAUGUGUGAGUGUUUUUUCCUUGUUUGUAAAUGCACUAUGUUUUUAUGGAUAAAUAAGAUACCAAUCUCGCCGUUUUGUCCUUUCGUACCUCGUUGUAGUUCUCCGACAAAAUGUAGACUUAUUCGUGCAUAAGUAUAAAGCGCUGUUCAACUCGUUCGUGCAACACGAAAAGAAAAAACUUGUACGUAAACUGAUUGUUAGAAUGAUUAUUAUUAAUUUCCCCAGCGGAGGAAACGAUAAUGUAUGCUCGAAGCAGAAACGCAUUAAAUUCUACGAGUUUUAUAAAUCCCUUUAUUUUUUAAUCCUUAAUUUAACGAAAGAACACAUUUUACAGUCGCAACGAACAAUUGUAAACUCGUGACUGAAUUGCAAUCUUUGUCGUUGGAAAAUCGGAAUACGAAAAUAAUAAUAAUUGAUUUCUGUUCCCAGUGCUGAAUUUUGGAGAUGCAAAGGACAGUUUGAAGGAAAAUUGGAUUCUAAUCGAUGAGUAAUUAAUUUGCGAUAUUAUUGGUUCCCCGAGGGCCAGGUGAUCGUCUUUGCAUCUCCAUAGUCCGUCUUUCAGAAUAAGAAUGGCCUUAAACAGUAAACUUGCGAUUACAGAUGGUGUACGAAUUAAAGAGUUUAUAUCAAAAACUACCCUUGUUAAAAAUUUCUCCACAGAAAGAGGGAUACUACUUUUUUUUCAUAAACAUUUAAGAAAGCUAACUUAUAUUCUUUCCUUCUUGACUCAAUAUGUUCAGAGUGUAAUUUAUAUUAUGUAAUUUAUCGAAUGAUUUCAAUUAGCUUUUCUAUAGAAAUCAAUCAACGAUCAGUUCGUUACAUCUUCGAAUUCAUUGACAAGGGCUGUUUUUCGCAACGAACCCCUCCCCUCGAUUAGUAGAGCGAACGCAAAUUGUAUAUCACGGCGUACCACGAUGAUCAAAAGAUUUAUAGACGUAAAAGUGAAAUGAGUAAAUCUGUAAAAUUAUGUAACUGGAAUGAGUGAUAGAAACAACGAGCGAAAGGGUACCAGCACGUAUGCGAACUACGUGUAAUCGUAUGAUUGUUGGAAUCGUGUGGUCUCGGGAGUAAAGAAAAUCGUCGGUUCAAAUUCACACGAACGCGGAAUUACGCCACGACCGUUAUAUGUU